UCUGCAGUUAAAUCCACAUCUGAUCGUCUCGUAUAAAAAAACCCUAAUCUCGCAGUCUAGCUCUCAACGCCGCGCUUCUCCUCCAAAAACCCUAGAUUUCAAGAAGCUAGGGCUAAGCUUCUUCGAAUCCAGCGGCCAUGACGUUUAAGCGAAGGAAUGGAGGAAGGAACAAGCACGGACGCGGACACGUCAACUUCAUCCGCUGCUCCAACUGCGGAAAAUGCUGCCCUAAGGACAAGGCUAUUAAGAGGUUCCUUGUGAGGAACAUUGUGGAGCAGGCUGCUGUGAGAGAUGUGCAGGAGGCCUGUGUCUAUGAUGGGUACACUCUUCCUAAGCUGUAUGCUAAGAUGCAGUAUUGUGUCUCCUGUGCGAUCCACUCCCAUGUGGUGAGGGUGAGGUCUCGCACCAACAGGAGGAACCGUGAGCCUCCACAGCGCUUCAGACGCAGGGACGACGCGGCAAAGCCUGGCCAAGCUCCUCGCCCUGCUGGAGCGCCAGCACCAGCUCGCACCUGAUGUUUCUGAGUAUUAAAAUUGAGUUGUGGUGUUUUCAGUGCUCGAACAUUUUCUCCCUUUAGUUCUAAGACAAUUUUGCUUGAGAUUAGACUUUUGGAGUGAUCUAAGAACAUGUUUUAUUUUUAUACUUGUUCCUGCCUUUUGCUUUGAUUUUGUGUGUGAAACUGUUCAAUCCAGCAUUCGACUUAUUUUAUUUUGCACUUCA